UCUGGUAUCUUAGGUGUUCUGCUGCCAGUAAAGGUAGAAGAAGACCCUUCUUACUCUUGCACCUUUUUAAAGUGAGAAUCUAAUCAAAGAGUGCCAAAAAAUGGGAAGAGCUCCCUGUUGUUCUAAAGUGGGGUUGCACAAGGGUCCAUGGACUCCUAAAGAAGAUGCAUUGCUUACCAAGUAUAUCCAUGCUCAUGGAGAAGGCCAAUGGAAAUCACUUCCCAAAAAAGCUGGGCUUCUGAGAUGUGGAAAGAGUUGCAGACUAAGAUGGAUGAACUAUCUGAGACCAGACAUAAAGAGAGGGAACAUCUCUCCUGAAGAAGAUGAUCUCAUAAUCAGACUGCACUCACUUCUGGGAAACAGGUGGUCCCUCAUAGCAGGAAGAUUACCAGGCAGAACCGACAAUGAAAUCAAGAACUAUUGGAACACCCAUCUCUGCAAGAAGAACAUGAGACUUCAAGGAAUCACAACAGAUCACGAGUCCAAUUACAACAACGAAGAAGAGUUAGAUCCUGAACAAAAACCUGCAGGUUCUGCAAAGAAAAAGAAGAACACCAAGAAGAAGAACAAGAACAACAAGCAGAACAAGAAGAAUGGUUCUGCAGAGGAAGAGAGGAUUCAAGUGUAUCUUCCAAAACCCAUUAGAGUAAAGGCUUUAACUCUACCAAGAUCGGAUAGUGGGGCCUCCUACACCUUCGAUUCAAAUUCUUCAGCAUCAUCAAGCCAAGAAAAGGAAGAAGAAAACCCAGGAACAGAGCAAGUGAUGUUAAAUGACGAUUUUGGGUUCUGGGGUGAUGUCGACCAAGAUAUAAUCAAGGGCAAUUUGGACAUUGAUGAAUGCCAGUCUUAUUUUCCCUCGGAUCAUCAUGGUUUAGAGAAACUGUAUGAGGAGUAUUUGCAGGUGUUGGACAUGGAUUAUAGCCAUUAUGAUUUGGAUUGUUUUGCUGAAUCUUUAUUAGACUGAAACUAUAGUAAUAAUAAUAUAUUGUUCUUCUUCCUCACCGACCCAUGUUAAUUUGUUGAAAAGAUUCAAAGUAUGGUUUCGGUUUCUUGUUUCUGUGUA